AGGCGAGCGGCUGAUUGUUCAUCCGCGAGGUCUGCGCGACUCUCGCUGCGCCGGGGAGCGGUGCGAAGCCCGAAACAGAGCGCGCGCGCGCGCGCUUCGCUCGCGCUGCUGGGACAGCAAGGCGCACGGGGUCCUCCGAACGCAGGGUUAGCCGCUCGGUCCAGCACGGGUUCUACAGCUGCGUGCCGGGAGCCACGAAGAAGAUGCCCGCCGGCGCCGAGCUCCGGCUGCGAGGCUGAGCGCCUUCCUUCCAGCAGCGGGGGCAGCGGCACUUGGCCGUGCGCGGGGGCUCCGGAGCCGGCCCAGAGCGCGCCAGGAGGACGAGUAGCGGCGGCCGAGCACCCCUUGCCCGGACCUGUGGGGUCUGCGGAGAGCGCACGCGGGUCGGCCCGGAUGGGCGCGGGGUUCGCGACCCCCGCCGGGCGCUGCGGAACGGCCCGGGCACUGGGGGCCCUCUGAGCGCCGACGCCGCGUCCGCGGAGAGAACUUGUGCGGCCGGCCAUGCCCCGACGCGGAGCCUACUACUGAGGGGAGCCCCCACCGGGGCCGUGCGCGCCUGCACCCGCUCGGGACCUCGUAGUCCCCGCGCCCGGAGUUCGCAACGCGCUUCAGACAAGAUGGCGCGGCCGGUCCGGGGAGCGCUCGGGGCCCCGCGUCGCUCGCCUUGCCUUCUUCUCCUGUGUCUGCUGCUGCUGCUGCGGCUGGAACCCGCGACCGCAGCGGCCGGCCCGCGCGAGCCCUGCGCGGCUGCCUGCACUUGCGCCGGGGACUCGCUGGACUGCGGCGGGCGCGGGCUGGCGGCGCUUCCCGGGGACCUGCCCGCCUGGACGCGGAGCCUAAACCUGAGUUACAACAAGCUCUCUGAGAUCGACCCUGCUGUUUUUGAGGACUUGCCGAACCUGCAGGAAGUGUACCUCAACAAUAAUGAGUUGACCGCCAUACCAUCCCUGGGAGCUGCUUCGUCACAUGUCGUCUCUCUGUUUCUGCAACACAACAGGAUUCGCAACGUGGAGGGGAGUCAGCUGAAGGCAUACCUUUCCUUGGAGCUGUUAGAUCUGAGUUCCAACAACAUCACAGAAGUCCGCAGCGCCUGCUUUCCGCCCGGCCUGCGCAUCAAGGAGCUCAACCUGGCGAGCAACCGCAUUGGCACCCUGGAGUCAGGAGCAUUUGAUGGUCUGUCACGGUCACUGCUGACUCUUCGCCUGAGCAAAAACAGGAUCACGCAGCUUCCUGUAAAAGCAUUCAAGUUACCCAGGCUGACACAACUGGACCUCAAUCGGAACCGGAUUCGGCUAAUCGAGGGCCUCACCUUCCAAGGGCUCGACAGCCUGGAGGUGCUGAAACUUCAGCGAAACAAUAUCAGCAAGCUGACCGAUGGGGCGUUCUGGGGGCUGUCGAGGAUGCACGUGCUGCACCUGGAGUACAACAGCCUGGUGGAGGUGAACAGCGGCUCGCUCUACGGCCUCACCGCCCUGCACCAGCUCCACCUCAGCAACAACUCCAUCUCUCGGAUUCACCGGGAUGGCUGGAGCUUCUGCCAGAAGCUGCAUGAGCUGAUUCUGUCCUUCAACAACCUCACGCGGCUGGACGAGGAGAGCCUGGCCGAGCUGAGCAGCCUGAGCGUCCUGCGCCUCAGCCACAAUGCCAUCAGCCACAUCGCCGAGGGCGCCUUCAAGGGACUCAAGAACCUGCGCGUCUUGGAUCUGGACCACAAUGAGAUUGCGGGCACGAUCGAGGACACCAGCGGCGCCUUCAUGGGGCUGGACCACCUCAGCAAGCUGACUCUGUUUGGAAACAAGAUCAAGUCCGUGGCCAAGAGAGCGUUCUCAGGGCUGGAAGCCCUGGAGCACCUGAACCUGGGAGAGAAUGCCAUCAGAUCUGUGCAGCUCGAUGCCUUUGCAAAGAUGAAGAAUCUUAAGGAACUCCACAUCAGCAGCGAGAGCUUCCUGUGUGACUGCCAGCUGAAGUGGCUGCCCCCAUGGCUCGUGAGCAGGACGCUGCAGGCGCUGGUCACCGCCACCUGUGCCCACCCAGAGUCCCUGAAGGGCCAGAGCAUCUUCUCGGUGCCACCCGAGAGCUUCGUGUGUGAUGAUUUCCCAAAGCCGCAGAUCAUCACCCAGCCAGAGACGACCAUGGCCGUGGUGGGCAAAGACAUCCGGUUCACGUGCUCGGCAGCCAGCAGCAGCAGCUCCCCCAUGACCUUCGCCUGGAAGAAGGACAACGAGGUCCUGGCCAAUGCGGACAUGGAGAACUUCGCCCACGUGCGCGCGCAGGACGGGGAAGUGAUGGAGUACACCACCAUCCUGCACCUGCGCCACGUCACUUUCGGGCACGAGGGCCGCUACCAGUGUGUCAUCACCAACCACUUCGGCUCCACCUACUCCCACAAGGCCAGGCUCACUGUGAAUGUGUUGCCGUCAUUCACCAAGAUGCCCUACGACAUCGCCAUCCGCACGGGCACCAUGGCCCGCCUCGAGUGCGCCGCCACCGGCCACCCCAACCCGCAGAUCGCCUGGCAGAAGGACGGGGGCACUGACUUCCCGGCGGCCCGCGAGCGGCGCAUGCACGUCAUGCCGGACGACGACGUGUUCUUCAUCACGGACGUGAAGAUCGACGACAUGGGCGUUUACAGCUGCACUGCCCAGAACCUGGCCGGCUCCAUCUCUGCCAACGCCACCCUCACUGUGCUAGAGACUCCGUCCCUGGCAGUGCCCUUGGAAGACCGUGUGGUGUCUGUGGGAGAAACGGUGGCCUUCCAGUGCAAAGCCACUGGCAGCCCCCCGCCCCGCAUCACCUGGCUGAAGGGGGACCGGCCGCUGAGCCUCACUGAGCGGCACCACUUCACCCCCGGCAACCAGCUGCUGGUCGUGCAGAACGUGGUGGCAGAGGACGCGGGCCGCUACACCUGCGAGAUGUCCAACGCCCUGGGCACGGAGCGUGCGCACAGCCAGCUGAGCAUCCUGCCCACGCCGGGCUGCAGGAAGGACGGGACCACCGUGGGCAUCUUCACCAUCGCCGUGGUGUGCAGCAUUGUGCUGACGUCGCUGGUCUGGGUGUGCAUCAUCUACCAGACCAGGAAGAGGAGCGAGGAGUACAGCGUCACCAACACAGAUGAAACCAUCGUGCCACCCGACGUCCCAAGCUACCUCUCUUCUCAGGGGACCCUUUCUGACCGGCAGGAAACUGUGGUCAGAACUGAGGGUGGCCACCAGGCCAACGGACACAUUGAGAGCAAUGGUGUCUGUCCCCGAGAUACGGGCCUAUUUCCAGAGACUGACGUUCACGGCAUUGCAUGCAGGCAGCCCAGGCUGUGCGCUGGGUCUAGUAAAGAGCCAUGGAAAGCACUGGAGAAAGCAGACGGGACUCCUGGCCUGCCUAAGAUGGAACACAGCGGCGCGGUCGUGUGCACGGACUGCAGCUCUGCGGCGGACACUCCCUCCAGGGAAAAGGCCUUGCAGCCCCAGCCUGUGGCCAGAGACAGCACCCAGCCAGGGACCCUGAGCGGCCGAGAGCAUUCGCCACAGCAUUUGGGCAGUGCAACCACGGACGGGUCCCUGUACCCCAGCAACCACGACAGAAUGGCGGCUCCCGGGGGGAAAGAGGAUUCUUCUCGGACGUUAGCGCGGUUGUAUGAAGCGGACUCGGCCGACGUGCAGCCGUCGUGUGCGCUGAGCGCAGGCCGUGUGCAGCACGCAGAAGCCGCCCCAGCCUUUGCCCAGCACUUGCUUGGCUCCCACGGGCACGUCCCGCAGGCGUGCGACUCUGGUCCCGAGUCCGGGACGCGGAGGGGGCCGCUGCUGUUGGCGCCGAGAAGCUAGGCGCUUCUACCUCAGCUGUUGUGGCAAGGGCUCCAGGCACGCGGGAGCAGAGGCCGGGAGCAGCUCGGGUUCGAGCGGCGCUGAUGUGUACAUAGCGGGAACGUCCGUGUACAGCGUCUGUCGCUCAAGGACAGAAAUGCAAGAGGCUAUUUGUGUACAAAAGGCAGGAAAAGUAUUUGAUACCAUUGUACAUAAGAGUUUUCAGAGAUUUCAUAUAUAUUAUAUAUCUUUUACAGAGGCUAUUUUAAUCUUUAGUGCAUGGUUAACAGAAAAAAAAUUAUACAGUUUUGACACUAUUAUUUUUCCUAUCAGGUUGCUGUUUAACUUUGGAGGGGGUGGGGACAUGUUCUGGUGCCUUAACGCGUGGCUGGGAUUAGGAGAGGCUAAAACGACGUUUGUUCCGGGAGUCUGGGGUGGGUGGGGAAGGAAGGAAGUCCUUGCAUUUGUAUUGCACUUGGCAGGACGGGCUCGAGGCUGCCUGGCAGUCAGAUGCCCUUGGCAGACAGGUGCUCCGGCUUUCAGGUUGUGAGUUGGUCUGGAUGCCCGGGAGCAGCUGGUGAGAACAGGCCCGCACUGCCUGUCGGCCUUCCCGGAAGCCUCCUCUAUGCCAAAUGCAGAUGCGCUCCUCGUGGUGCCACGUGACGGCUCCUAGAGGCCGUUAGUGACGGCUGCUGGCGUCGGCUCCUGUGGAUUUUAGGUCUGGGAUGCUUUCAGAGCUUCCCGUGAUGCUUUAGUUCUGCCAACAGAAUUACUGACAGUGGACUUGGGGGAUGAAAAAGGAUACAGUUCUUUGUCUUCAGGGCUAGCUUCUAUCUACUGAGGGUCCAGAGCAGGCCUGUCCCCGCCGUUCAGACUAGGGGAGAUCCAGCCCUGGACCUCGGUUCUGGGUGUAUUUGCACUUUUGAGCUCCAUAGCUAACCGUCUUGUGAGUGCCCGUGUGUCAUUCAGUCAAAACUGCAUUGAAACAAGGUCCUCCAAAUCUCAGCAAGCAAGUGCCUGUGGCCGCGAUGCUCGAGCGAGGCACUGACAGCAUGGUUACCUAUGUGCAUCUCGCUGUCUGUCAGCUGUCACCACUGCUCCGAAAGGUAAGCACAUGUAGGGUUCAGUCUCUACAGCUCCAUGGCUGAUGUUACUUCCACACAAUCUGUGAAUUUGCUGCUUCUGAGAGGCAAUGUGAAAGAGGAAGUAUUACUUUUAUGUACAAAGUUAUUUAUUUAUAGAAAUUUUGGUACAAUGUACAUUGAAAAACAUGUAAAAUAUUGAAGUGUCUAACAAAUGGCAUUGAAGUGUCUUUAAUAAAGGUUCAUUUAUAAAUAUUAA